AUGACAGUAGAUAACUAUUCGCCCAUAAAUGACAGCGACACGGAGCAAAGUGAGCAUGAUGCAUUCUUGUAUGAGUCGCAAAUCGAAGGCUCUGUUAGGCGGCGCUGGCCUUGGUCUUGGAUUGUUCAAGGGAUUGUUCUCUGCAUUUCCUUGUCGCUCUUUACAGUAUCUUUCGCCUACUACCAACGAGUAGUGGUUUACAAUCCACCACUUGAUCCGCCGAACGUGCGCGAGCUAGAGAGCGCGUACCAAGUGGCCUGGCAAAGGCAUAUUGUACAGUUUCGUGGCAAUUUUUAUGAACCAUCAGAGUAUCGCGGGCCGCCCAAUCCCGCGGUAGAUGCAGCGUGGGAGCGCAUAGCCAUUGGGGGUGUCUUUUCCGUAUCGGAAGAAAAGAUGCGACAGCUAGGAAAGCUGAGCAAUAGUAGCGUUCGCCUGCCCGAUGAGGAUGGCGGCGGCUAUCUAGCCGUGUUCGAGGCGUAUCACCAAAUGCACUGUUUGGAUCUCUUGCGGCAGCACUCAUACCAAGAAUACUAUGUCGUUCACUCCCCCAGUUAUACCAAACAUUAUGCAAAUCCGAAGAAGCUGCGGAUUCACCUUGAUCACUGCAUUGAGAUGUUGCGACAAGUCAUCAUGUGCAAUUCGGACAUGCACGUCGUUACACAUGACUGGGUGGACCAUACUACUGGUGCCUGGCCUGAUUUCAGUGUCAAUCACCAGUGUCGAGACUAUGAAAAGCUCCUAAGUUGGAUCGACGGUGCUCGACUCAUGACAAGUAAGCCUGACUUUAAAUGGGCACGGCCAGAAGGUGCGGCUACCAAGCACAUUAUUCUGCCGGAAUAG